AUGACUCUAGGCAUGCCCGACACAUCUACGGCAACACCAAUGCGACUUGUUCAGGAUAUGGCGUUGAUUACGCAAUGGGCAGGAUGGUCAUAUAUCUUCAUCACCACGUAUCGGGCGACGAAUGGCGAGCGGAAGAUCGGAAUAACAUGCGACACGCGGAUCUGCAUGAGGCAUGGCGCAGGGAAAGACAUGAAGCAUCACUACCAAUUCGAACUUGAAGCUUUCCUUCUGAUCUUUGGACAACCGGACCAGCGAAAGCUGUCUCCAGUUUGGAUCAAUGACAUCCUGGACAUGCUGCGUCGGGAGUCAGACUUCGCCGUUGUCUGCUAUGAGAUGCAUAGGCGUGCGACUGGACAGCUUCAAGAAGACAUACCUUGGAAACCACGUCGAUCUCUUGAGCGAUGGAGCAUCAUGCUUCCCGGAGUCGUCACGGCCGCACGACCUACAGCUGGGGAUGCGACUUGCCCAAUCUGCUUCGAGGACUACGAUAGCCUCUUUCGGCGGCCAGUAUCUUUGCCAUGCAGUCCCAUACACGCCAUGUGCUUCGACUGCGUGGUCAGCCACUGUCAAUCCCAGGGAGAGGACGCCAGUUGUCCGCACUGUCGAACCGCCAUACUAGCGGACCCAAAGUGGUUCAAAUAUCUGCGACACGGCCUGAAUCAGAACGGCGAUUUUUUCCCAGACCCGCGCUUCACGUACUGGGAAAAUUGGGAGCGAAGCUGUGCAGACCUUGAUGAGCUGAUGGCCGAAGACGACGACACUCUCAUCACUGUGCAUCCUCAGCGCGCGCUGCAAGUACUUUCGCUUCUCCUUUGCAAAGCUCGGUCCGAGCGAUUCGCUUCCACUCCCAGAGGACUAUCGCCUGCAGACUUCCCUGAGAUGGAUCUCGUCGAACAAACGAUCAGAAAUGGCAUAAUCUUUAUGCGAAGGAAAGUCCUCCGAGUCUCAACGAUCUCGGCUUAUCUUAUGCGUCAAGUGACCGGCAAGCUUCUUGAUGCUUUCCUGGAAUCUGAAGUACAUACCCUGUACUCAGACGACAACUUGACCAGCAUGAUUCUUGAACCACGAGAUUGGGACAUCUUUCUGGAGCAACGACCGGGCUUUUACAGAUUUGUUGAGAGAAUGAUCAGUCGGACUCUGCGAUUCAUGUAUAUGCGAUCUUGCAAUUGCGGGAAUCCAGAGCUUCACAGUCACGGCUGGAGGAUGUUUUACGAUGAAAAGGCUAUACCAUUGAGAGGAUACAAACCUUUCUCGGGGCGAGAUCACAUAAGCACGCUCGCUGAGACAGACCGACUGCGCACAGCUGAUUGCUUUGAGCUCUUGAUUUCACGUAUCACAGCGAUGCAGCUCAGAUACCGCUUGAGCACACCUAACUGUCCCCACCGUAAAGAAGCACCUGCAGGCCGUGAGCUCUUGAUUGAGCUUUUCGAUCAACCUAAGAGACUACGCUAUUCUCAAAACCGAAGCAGGACUGGGGUUGGGCUCGCCUUUAUGGUCAGAGUGAUGCAGCUCAGAUACCGUCUCAGCGCAGCUAAUUGUGCCGACCGCAAGGAAGCAGGCCGUGACCUCUUGAGCGAGCUCUUCCACUACGCUCUUGCUAGUACCGCAUUUUUGGCCUUUGCUUCGAAACUGAAGCAGGAAGUCUUUCCGAUGCUCGCUUCUAGCAGUUCUCGGACCCAAUCCAGCGAGGGCAGUGCUAUUCUAUACAUUGGAGACUACUCUACCAAAGUGAUAUAUCGAUACAACUCUGGCAUUUGUCGGCGCCUUCCCUGCACUCUCUUGAACCAAGGAUCCAGGCUUCAAUCUAGCGAGAGUAGUACUACUCGCUACAUUGGAGACAACUGCGCCAAAGUGCUUUAUCUAUUGAGCUCCACAGCGGCCACUCCUAGCCUCGUAUCUGUGCUUCUUUCGAGAGUGCUCCGGAAGCAGCUGAGACCACUACCGGGCAGCAACUCAUCUAUAGAGAAGCCACACGACAAGCGUCCUCUUCGUCGAUCUGCACGCCAAAGAGGAAAAGGUGCCCUUGAAGCCGAAAAGGAUGCAGGUGCUCCUCCAGACUCAGAUGAUGAUGUUGAGCCUGAAGCCAGCUCAGAUCUUCAAGAAUCGGUAACAAAGCGAAUUGACCUAAGCGAAAAGAACAGCUCUCAGCUCGAGAUGCUCCACCGCAACGACGUUAAGAUUGGAGGAGGUGUUGUGACGCUGACCGAUGAAAAGCUACGCCCAGUCAAGUUCGUCGACCACAACACAGCCGUCUACAAGUACGGCGGCUGGCGCGAAAUAUCGAUUCUGGUUCCCAUCAUGCUUUGCAAUAGGCGAUCUGCUCUCAAUGCUCCGACUCGGUACCUGUUGAGACGCAUUUGUCUGGCUUUACGUGUUGUCGAGAACAUUGAUGAGCAGUACAAACUGCAUUUGGUUCACAGCACGGAAAUUGAGAAUGGUGGGGAGCAUCUCAAGUUUCGGACACGCCUACGAGGGACUGGUGCCUAUGCGUCUGGAUUGCCUCCACUAAUGAGUGUCGACAAGGUCUCAUUCACUCGCAUUUGCGUCAGGGAUAGUUGUCCGGAGCAUUUGAUGAAUGGGCCCACUAGAGCACUCAAAGCCAUAGUGAGCUUGCGAACAUGGGAACUGGCCUUUGUCAGCAUCGCUUUCAACAAUGCAAUGUCUACUCUUUUACCCCAGAAGAACGACGUUGAUUCGAGGAUCUAUGGCUUAGACAUGCUGUUCUUGAUCGCUCAAAGAUCUCGUUGUGGUCUUCUUGCUAGCAGCAAUCAACAUUUGGGGAUAAAGGGCUUAGGCCGCUCGCACUCAGCUUUUCCUGGGCAUGAAUCUCCACAGAAACCAAAAUGCAUUGAUCUAUACUGUCUUACCUUUGAUAUAUCGAUGAAUGGCGUUGCCCGUGACAGCUUGGCGCUGCAGGCAUCGAAGUCACGCAUGGAUUUACUCCAAGACUUGCUCUUUCGGAUCAAGCCCUUCAUACAACGACGCGACCUCGCACACAUCACUAGAAGAACGACUCACCUACCGCAACCGCCCUCACCCAUAGAACAAAACUCCUUAUCCCAUCCACCAUCUCUCCGCAAACAGCUAAGACUGCCGCCGAAUAUGCCGCCAAAGACAGGAGAGCCCAAGGCUCGAAAGCCAGGCAAGCCUCGAACCAAUCGUCCAACGAGCCUCUUCCGCGUCGAUUGGUCGACUGAGAUGGAGGCGCUCUGCUUCUUGCUCGGUGUCUACUACAACCUCUACCGUGUCGAUAGGGAUGUUCUGGAGCAGAUCGUCCAUCGCGCGUUUCCCAUUUUCAAGAGAGCGCGCAAGGUCGCAGCAUCGUUCUAUGACCGCAUCGACUUUCGCUGGAGCCCAGGCCGCCAGAGAGAGAGUUGGCACAAGAUCGACAGACAGGAUGAGCGCAGCCGAUACCAUGGCACCCCAUUCACGCAAAACCAGCUGAACGACUUGGCCACCAUCAACGGCGUCGUCAAUAGCUGGGCAGCUCACCUGAACAAGACACUCACGCCAGUCGCUGGCGUCGGUCUGGACUUCAGCAACGGUGUCGCUGAUCCAGCUGGCAUCUUGCACGACUUGACCGACUCACCUGGCACCAAGCGGACGGCACUCGUUCCAGGGGAGCAGCUUUCGACGGCCUUGAGGAACAAGCUGGAGAGUCACUGGGGCGAUCCAAUCCAUGGUUUCACCUUGACGUCUACACUUGCGCCAGGCCAGUCACCGCCGAACCCCAUCCCCACGAGAGCAGUUGCCAAGCCACGAAAGACUAAGACGGCGACACAGAAGAAGCGCUCGCAGGAAGAGGCGGAAGACGAGUCGGACGGCGAGGGCGAGGGCGAGGGCGAUGACGAGAGCUACGCCGCAGCGCCAGUCCGCAAUCGAACGAAACUCCAGGCUCCAGCGAAGUCACCGAAGGAGUUGCCGAAGAGUCGGAAGCGCACUCGUGUGGAGAGCAAGGACGAAGAGAGCGAUCACGAAGCCGAAGACGAGCCAGGACCGAGCUCUGUGAGUGACGAGGAUGAUUGGCAGAUGUGCAUGGCGCACUACGACAGCCUGAUCUUCGACGACAACGAGGUCCGCUUCAAGCCUGGCAGUGACUUUCCCGACAGCUUCAGCUAUCCAGACGAGGAUGUCUACAAGUUCGGCGGCUACAUCUACGGCAUCACCCUCGAUGAGAACUCACCUCCAGAGCUCGUUGACUCACUGGAUGCCGAUCGCACGUCUGCAGUCAUCACGGUCUGCAAUACCGAUGUCUGCGACAAAUGCCAGGGUCCGGUGAAGGAAGAUGGCGAAAAGACGACCUUCGAUGCCAAGCAUAGCUGGGAUAUCGUCUACCGCAGCCAGAUUGCCGAGACUUCUGACGGUCGCUAUGUUUUCGUCGGCACCCAGGGCGGCAAGGUGCCAAAUUACACCACCAAGCUGCCUUCGAACUUUGUCGAGAAAGAGGUGGCAAUGGGUCGCAAGAGAAAUGGAGAGCCGGAUGAGGAGACGGUUUUCAAGGUCUUGGUAUGCGAUGAGGAGGACGAGGAGGAGGAAGAAAAUGAUGGCGUUGAGGAGGACUUCCAGGACCGGUUUCUGUUGAAUGACCUUGGGUGUUUGUGCUUGAUGAAAAAGCAGCAAGGAGGUGGCGAGCAUGAUAUUUCCAGCCGAAGAUACAAUGAGCCUCAGAUUGAUCUCUUGAUUCCUUACUUGCAACAGCCAACUCAUCCGGUAGCCAAGCUUGAGCGAGCGCAAUCUGGUAUAUGGUCAACGGAAGUGAUGUUGAUUGGGAUCGCUGGCUGGCUGCUGAGGGGUUUCCCACCUUUCCAGCCCUGGUAA